AUGACCCAUAGCGGAGGCAGGCUGAAAGACCUUGCCGCUCGCAUGCAUGCACAGAAGCAGCGUCGCUUUCGGCGCAAUCACAAUGCAGGCGUGAUCAGGUGUCUCGCAAAUGCCACACUUGCAUGGUGUCAGAGCCUGCUGUCGCCAGCAGGACUGGCUCAUUGUUUAUCUUUGGCCUGCUUUCUCGUGCAAGUGAUUCUUAUCAACGUAUUCCUUGUUCAAUACCUCAGUCCAACAGUCCUCUUAACGCUGACCGUGGAUGUGCCCUUGUUGCUGCAUCUUGCCUGGUUCUGGAGAGUGGAGUGUGCAUAUCGUGCAGCCCCAACGCAGUGGUUUUGCUACAGCUGGGUGCAUGCUGCAAAGGUAGUCGUGCUUUUUUGCCGCGUGAUGCCACGGCUGGCCAGUGCCACUCCAUCUGUUUCGGAGGAGUUUCUACGAGGCAGUGACUUCAGCAUCAAUGCUUCAUAUUUUCAGGAUUUGUUCAGUCCGACGAUGCUUGCAAACCUCUUGCUCAUCACCCCGGUGUUCUAUGCAUUGCUCAUGUUUCGUGCAAGUAAGGCGAUUUUUGGAUCGUUGUCAAAGCGCGUGACUGUGGAUCUCAUCAUGCAAUAUGACAUGUUGUGGCAUGUGGUUAUCGAUAUGGUUGACCAGGUGGAUAUGUUUUACUAUGCACGCUUGGCCGAAUGGGUUGGAUCGGAAGCUCUUGACCAGCACAAACGCUCGCUGGUGUUGAUCCAGACAGCCGUCCCAUUUCUUUUGUUCUUCUCCAUGGUGCUUCAAGCCCAAGCAUUCCCAGGAGUGGUGGCCGACAAGUGGUCGAUUCCAGUCGGCGAACGUGUGUCGCUGUCCCUGGACUCUGAUGCUUCCGGAAAGGAUGGCUCACGCAGGCCUUCAGAUUCAUUUCUUCGGUUGUCACAAGGGCAAGCGGAGCAAGUGCAAGCAGCUCGUACCCAGGACAGCGCCCGGAUGCCACCUCAUGAGACCAGUUUCAGUGACAGGGUUUCAACUGGUGGCGUGGUGCAGCGAAAAUCCACUGGUGGUUUGGGAACUGAACGUGCAUGGUUCGAACGGCAAGAGAGGGCUCGUCGACGCAGAUUACAGGGCGUGAUGAACCUCAUCCAACGUCACAAUAUCAUUAUUGCAAGAAAAAGGUCGGCCAUCGGGUCUAUUUUUCUGAUCGACGUCCCAUUCUUGACAAUUCGGGUGUGGCUGUGGGCUUUGCUCCAGCACACAUACUUUCCUGGACUUGGGAUCAAGAAUGGGCUUUGUAUUGUUUUGAAUGUCAUGCAGUACACUCUGGUGGCGCUCGCGAGCAAAGAGUCCUUCAAGAGGAUCAAACGCGAGAUUGCUGAAUACAUUACGAGGUUUCACAGCAGCACACUGAAUGAAGAGGCUGAUCAAGAUUCUCCAGAACUUGCUGCACAGGAUGAAGGUGAGACGGCGCCUGAUGGUGCAAGCACACCAGAGCGGCAGGACUCGGUGCCCUCACUUUCUGCUUCCAAAGAGCAGGCUCAGCAGAUGAAGCAAGCGCUUCACAGAGUAGGCCGAGAUAGCGCUAGAGGUAUUGGAAUUUGUGUAUAUAUUGUUGUUUUGGCACUUGCUUUUGGAGCUGGCUUCAUUAUCGCAAAAGGCGAGACAGUCGUGGAGCUGUUCAUUGCGUGGGUGAAGGACGCCAUCGAGAAUCAGGACCAAAGAUGA